AUGGCCACGCCCAAGAUGACCAUGGCUCUCGCCAGCCUUCUCCUGUCCGGCGCGUUUGCCGCUACCCAGUAUUCGGAUAGCCAGUCCACUGUCACUGUUGAGUCUCAGCAGAUCGGCACCACCACCUCCAACGGUAUCCUCAUGUAUUCCAUGAACUACUGCACCGUCAUUGAGAACACCCAGUGCCAGAUUUCUCUCUCCACUGCUACCGACGUCGUUGUUGCCGAGUCCUCCAUCGGCUACUCUGCCUCUGUCGACUCGACCACCCAGGCCGUGUCUGUCACUUCCGUCAUCGAGCCUAUUCCAACCACUGCCUGGCCUCACGUUGAUCCCGGUGCUCCUCAGCCCACUGUCGUCACGGUGGUUUCGACCACUGAUGCCCUUGGCAGCCCCUCGAUGGAGACCAACUCCGUCCUUGCUGCCACUGGUUCUGCUGCCACUGACUCUACCGUCAUCACCAGCGGCACGGCUACGGCUUCGGGCUCCGUCACGGGUAAGCAGCAGACCAACUCGACGUCGGUCAUGAGCCACGACAGCCCUUCUGGCAGCAUCACGGCUCCUUCUGCCCCAGACCGCACCAGCGCUGGAGUGGCUCUCAAGGCCAUCUCUGGCGUGGCCUUUGGCGGUCUCGCCAUGGUCAUGACUUUCUUCAUGUAA